AUAUUACACAAAACGGAAUUAUUAAAUUGUAUCAUCAUGUAUAGACGUAUUUUAUUAUUUGAAAGCGCAAUAUUUCAAAAUAAGUGCAAUUUUAAUAAACAAUAUAUAGAACGAAUGUAUAUGGCUGAUAUUAUGAAAACAAAAGAAUAUGAAGGUCGUAAAUUAAUAGGAUUUUCAAUGGAUCAAAUAUAUAGUGUUGUAGCUGAUGUACAAAAUUAUAAAGAGUUUGUCCCAUUUUGUAAAAAAUCCGAUGUUAUAUUCAAAAGUGACGAUAUGCUCAAAGCUAAUCUGGUAAUAGGUUUCCCACCUAUAAAUGAAAGUUAUACAUCAAUAGUAACGACAAUGCGUCCACAUUUAGUAAAAGCUGAAUGUUCAGAUGGUAGAUUAUUUAAUCACUUAAAUACAUUAUGGCUUUUCAGUCCAGGAUUAAAAAAUAAUGUUCAAACCUGUGUUAUUGAUUUUUCUUUAUCAUUUGAAUUUAAGUCGAUUAUUUACUCACAUUUAUCAAAUUUGUUUUUUAAUGAAAUCGUGAGACAAAUGGAAAAUGCUUUUAUUGAUGAAGCUAAACGUAGAUAUGGAAGACCAUGUAUAAAAACAGUACGAUUAGAAAGAUGAUGCAUAAUUAUAUUAAAUUAAGAAAUAAUAAUUAAAAAUACUGUAAUUUAUAAAUAAAAGAAAUACAUACUUUUAAA